AUCCGACACAAAUAAACGCCUCCAUCGUCCCUGCGGAGGCCGCCUCAUUGUGUACACCAGGCGGCCUUGGGCGAUCGCUCUCUGGCUCGUCCAAGAGGGGCUCCGGACGGUGAUUUAGUGACGGCUCUUGUGCUUUUGUACCCCCCUCAAACGUUGCCUCCCUAGCGGUGAUUAUUAUUAUUAUGCGUCCUCUUGUGGCGAGACCCAAGAUUUGUGGGACGCGACGUUGCGGUGAACGUUCCGAAACGAUACCGACAGCAGUGCGCUAGCGGGGCGAGACAACACACGGCUAGCGGCUAGCUGGUUCCGAUCCAGUGCCAGGCAACUUCCAGUUAGCCAGCUAGCAUAGCCACAUCUCCAGUUGUUGCUAGCCGGCUAACCCCGGACUACUUUACUUCCACGGACGCUCUUAUGCUACUUACACGUCAAGCAGUCGUAAUAACCAACUAAUUACACAGUGACAGCUGGCGUUAAGCAUUUUGGAGAUGUGAGGAACAGGAGAAGACCUUGGUGAUAUCGAGCAGCCUGCGCAUCUACUCGACCCUUUGACCUUAUCUUCAGCAUGAAUGGUGAUAUGCCUCAUGUUCCCAUCACGACUCUCGCUGGAAUUGCUAGCCUCACCGACCUGUUGAACCAACUUCCGCUGCCCUCUCCUCUCCCUGCCACCACCGCAAAGAGCCUGCUUUACAAUGGAAGGAUCUCCGAAGAGGUCAGCAGCCUGCUGGUGUGCCGGGACGACAGUCUGGUGACUCAGCUGGCACGCGGCCUCAACCAGGUGUCCACAGAACACAUAGAGCUGAAGGACAACUUGGGAAAUGAUGAGCCCGAGGGUGACAUGCCAGUGCUCCUGCAAGCUUUGCUGUCCAGAAACCCCAAGAUCUUCCGAGACAAAAGUGUGAUACAGCAACCACCCGUUCAGCAGUAUAAGAUUUCACCAAAUCAGGUACACAGGAGUCCAGCACCAAACUAUCAGCCAACCCCAGUCACCGCUCAAAGGUCCUCUGGAUGCUUCACUUCACAGCAGUCAGGGUCGGGGGCGCCGUUCAUAUCGCAGCAGACGCAUUCAAACAGCCCCAUACCGAGUCCUUAUACUCCUCAGAGUCCUGCUGACUACAUGCAGUACAGUCCACCCAGUUACUCGCAACACCAGCAGACACAGCAAGUUGCAGGAAAUAUUAGAAAUCUCCAUAGUAAAGUAUCUGGACAACUAUCAAGUAACCCAUCUAAUCACCACUCCAAGCCAGGCUCUGAUGACGACUAUGUCAACAUCGCACACCGACUCGGAAAUGAAGACAAUGAGCAGUCCAUGAUGGCUGCAUUGUUUCCAGUCAAGUCACCACAGUCUGUGUGUUCCCCCGAUGACAGCGAAGAACCUGCUAAAUGGUCAAGACCUCUACUCAUCAUGCAGUCGCCUUCUGCUGAUGUCCCUCCUGGCGCAUCCCCCAACAUGCAUCAUUCUUCUGCCGAGCGCAAAAAGAAGCAGAAGCAAAGGAGCAAAGUUGGUGGCGAGCACGUGGACAAGAACGCCUUGUACGACAUUGUGAGAUCUCCGGUGAAAGACUCGGCCAGGUUGACUUUAAAGCUGUCCCGGGUGAAGACUACAGAAAAGGAAGAGUAUGAAGAGCACUCUCCCAGGACAGAGGUGGACAGCAAAGCUCAUGUGAUGAACAGUAAAAACGAGUUGCUGAGUGCUGACCAGCAGGACAUGGAGUGCAAGUUUGUUGCGGAGGAGCAGGGAAACAUCAAUGAGAGUGGCUCUGUCUCAGCCGCCAUUGUGCUAGAUGACGCUGACAUCGAUGCUCUCGCCGAGAUCGAGAGGACAGAACGCGAGUCCGUCAGUGAGAGAUGGUCUAAAGAAGUCCAGGAUAAAGACAAGCCGCUGAAAAAACGCAAGCAAGACUCAUACCCCCAGGAGCCAGACGCUGAGGACGGACUCGCAAUACAAGGAGGCAACAACGCCAGCAGCCAGUUGACGCCCAAGAAGAUGAACGCCGCCAGUAAUGGUUCCGCUCGUCCUGCCUUGAUGGUCAGUAUCGAUUUGCAGCAAGCUGGCCGAGGGAUAAGGCAGCCCAUCGUGGUUCUCGACGCCAAGCAUCUGUGCGACGAACACAUUCUGCGCUUCAACGCAGAAGCGGAGGUGGAUAAAGUUGACGGGCUUUGCUCGCCCAUAAAUAAACAGCAGAGUGACGACUGUGAGAAAUCCCAUUUGGGCAUGCGUCCAAAGCAGAAGCCGGAAUCCAAACACAGAACUGACAGUAAAAGUGACAGUGGCAAAGGACGUGGGGACUUGCCGAGGGUGAAGCUGAACAAAGAUUCCACCUCUCGGCACAAGGAGGACAAGAAUCACACCAGUCAGCCAGAACCCUUGAGAAGCCCAACCAAGGCAGAGCGUAACUCUGCUCAUAAUGAAGACAAAGGCAGGGAGAAGAAGAAAAUGAAAGACAAUAAUGACACAGGUAAAGAUCGGAACAGGGAAAAAGACAGAGAUGUGGAUAAGGAAAGAGAGAAAGAAAGGAAUAGGCACAAGGAUAGGGAUAAAGACAGGGAUACGGAUAGGGUUAGACUGAAAGAUAGUGAUAAAGAUACAGAUGUGGACAGGGAAAGGGAGAAAGGUAGGGAUAGGGUCAAGGACAGGGACAAAGACAGAGAUACGGAUAGGGAAAGAGAUAAAGAUCGGGAUAGACUGAAAGAUAGUGAUAAAGAUACAGAUGUGGAUAGGGAAAGAGAGAAAGGUAGGGAUAGGAUCAAAGACAGAGAUGUGGAUAAGGAUCGAGAAAAAGAUCGGGAUAAGAUGAAAGACAGGGAGAAACACAAAUUUCGGGAAAAAGAUGGAGACAGGGAAAAGGACAGAGGUAGGGAGAAAGACAGGGUUAGAGAUAGGGAAAAGGACAGGGGCAGGGAUAAGGAUCAAGAAAGGGUUCGAGACAAGGAAAAGGACAAGGAGAAAGACAGAGUCAGGGAGAAGGAUCCAGAUGUGGACAAAGAUCGAGCUAAGGAAAAGGAGCGGGAUAAAGAAAAAGACAAGCAUCGGGACAAGGAGAAGAAUAGGGACAAAGUUAAGGAAAGGGUGACGGAUGACAGAUUCAAAGACAGGGACGACAAGGCAAGGAAACAUAAAAUGUCAAAGGAUAACAGACAUGACCAGUCUUUGGAUGUUACGCCAAAACAGGACCACAAAAUAAAGCAGGAUGGGAGCAGGAACUCCGGAGAAAGGACAGACAAAUCUACGUUUCAGUCACCACAAAAUAAAAAAGAGAGGAAAUGUGGGGGUGAAAGUGUCCCGGCUGCAAGCAAACAGCCUUCCCUUGAGACCAAACAGAGCGAAUUCCCUUCAUAUCUGCUAGGUGGCAAUUCCAGAAGCCUGAAGAACUUUGUGAUCCCCAAAGUCAAGCGGGACGGCGUAGAUAAAUGUCCCCAAGUGCCACACGCCGUUGCCGUUGUUGACAACUGGAAAGAACCCCGCGUUUUGCUGGAGAGGAAGUCGCUGGUUGAGAACUUAAAAAAAGGCUCCAAGCCUAUCGUGACGCUUAAGCGACUAAGCCCCGACGACAUACAGGGCAUCAAAAAGGAACUGAAGAUCACGUACAAGUCCAGGAACUGGUCUUCUUGUCACAAAUCUAGAGACUCGUCAUUUAGCGAGAAGGCAAACAAGCGCAGGCACGGUAUGAUCAGCAAGACGCCCAAGUAUACUUGUGACUCAGAUGAAGAGGAGAGAGAUGUCGAGGACGACAAUGAUGACAGCUCUGGCGAUGAGGUGUCUAGGAAAAGGCAGAAGAAAGGUCACGACAAGACAUGGAAGCAUGAAGCCAAAAAGGGCCGUCAACGCCAGCAAAACUGGAGCUCAGAUGAGAGCGAUGGUGGUCCACCACCAAAUUUAAGUGACUUGUCCAGAAAACUGAAGAAGAAGCAUAAAGAGAGAAAGGCAUACGAGAAGAUGCGACCUGAGGAUUUGAUGGAUUCUUCCACAUUCAAGAGAUUCACUGCCACUGUAGACAACAUCCUGGAGAGUCUGGAGGAUGUGGACUUGACUGCUGCAGAGGAUGACGAUGAUGAUGGAAUACCACAAGAGUUGCUGCUUGGAAAGCACCAGUUGAGCGAGUUGGGUAGCGAUUCGUCUAAGAUUAAAGAUAUGGGCAUCUUUAAUAAGUUUCCAUCUGAGAAAAUGGUGAAAUUUAUGAACAUAUUGGAGAAGAACAUUCAGGAUAGUGUUAAACUUUCAACAUUAAUGAACCAGGGCAACGACUCCAUGGACGAGGAGCGGUUAUGGCGCGACCUCAUCUUGGAGCGUGUGACAAAGUCAGCUGACGCCUGUCUGACGGCGCUGAAUAUCAUGACGUCGCCGCGUAUGCCCAAGGUUGUUUUCAUCGAAGACGUCAUUGAGAGGGUGUUGCAGUACACCAAGUUCCACAUGCAGAACUCUUUGUACCCCCAGUAUGACCCUGCGUACAAAGUGGAUUCCCAUGGAGGUGGCUCGCACAAUUCCAAGGGCAAGAAAGCAAAGUGUUCCGCCCAUAAGCAGAAGACGGUGGUUCUGCUUUACAACAAAGUGUGCGACAUUGUCUGCAGCAUUUCGGAACUGGUGGAGAUCCAGCUGCUCACAGACACCACUAUCCUCCAGGUGUCCGCUCUUGGUAUCACGCCGUUUUUUGUGGAGAACGUCAGUGAGCUGCAGUUGAGCGCCAUCGCAUUGGUGACCGCAGUGUUCUCUCGCUACAGGAAACACAGGCAACUCAUUCUAGAAGAGAUCUUCAGCUCCAUGGCCAGGCUGCCCUCAAGUAAACGCAACCUUCGAAACUUCAGAUUGAACAGCAGCGAUUUGGACGGAAGCGGCAAGUAUAUCCAGAUGGUCACCGCCUUGGUCCUUCAGCUCAUCCAGUGCGUGGUGCAGCUGCCUUCUUCAAAGGAUGCCGAAGAUGAACAUAAUAAGAAGGUGGACAAAGACGUCUUCAUCACAAAUUCGUAUGAGACGGCAAUGAGAACGGGUCAGAACUUCCUGUCUGUGUUUCUCAAAAAGUGUGGCAGUAAGCAAGGAGAGGACGACUACAGGCCUCUAUUUGAGAACUUUGUCCAUGAUCUUCUGUCCACUGUCAACAAACCCGAAUGGCCUGCUGCUGAACUGCUACUCAGUUUACUCGGUCGCCUCCUGGUGCACCAGUUCAGUAACAAGCAGACGGAGAUGGCGCUCAGAGUGGCGUCGCUGGACUACCUCGGCACUGUUGCUUCUCGCCUGCGCAAAGACACCGUGAAUAGCAAGAUGGACCAGAAGGCUAUCGACCGCAUCCUCAAAGAGUCUCCGGGCCAUAAUGAGACACAGCAACUCCAAAGGGCUUUGCUCAGCUACAUCGAGGAGAAGAGUGAAGUAGAUCCUUCCCUAGUGUUUGCCAGGAGUUUCUACAUUGCCCAGUGGUACAGGGACAUCGCAAGCGAGGCGGACAAGGCCAUGAAGUCUCACAAUGACGACGAUGAGGACCUGAAAGGUCUGUAUGAUUCCAACGAUGCCAGCACAACCGAGGAGAUAAUGCAGAGGGCUGAAAUGCGGAAAAAGUUCCUGCGCAAAGUCAUCAGGAACUCACACACCAGGAUCACCUCUGAGACAAUGGACUACACGGACUCCUGUCUCAUUGUUCGAUAUUUGGCCUCCAUGAGGCCAUUCGCCCAGAGCUUUGACAUUUAUUUAUCACAGAUUCUAAGAGUGCUCGGCGAGAGCGCCAUCGCAGUCAGAACCAAAGCCAUGAAGUGUCUGUCUGAGGUUGUGGCAGUAGAUCCGAGUAUUCUAGCAAGGUCUGACAUGCAGCGUGGUGUUCACGGCCGCCUAAUGGACAACUCCACUAGUGUGCGAGAGGCAGCCGUAGAGCUUGUCGGUCGCUUUGUGCUUAGUCGCCCCGAGCUCAUCGAGCAGUACUAUGACAUGCUCAUUGAGAGGAUAUUGGACACAGGUAUCAGCGUGAGGAAGCGAGUCAUUAAGAUCCUGAGGGACAUUUGUUUGGAGCUGCCCGACUUCCACAAGAUCACAGAGAUGUGUGUUAAGAUGAUUCGAAGGGUCAACGACGAGGAGGGGAUUAAGAAACUGGUGAAUGAGACCUUCCAGAAACUCUGGUUCACGCCCACCCCCACUCACGACACAGAUGCCAUGACCAGAAAAAUCCUCAACAUCACAGAUGUGGUCCUUGCAUGUAAAGAUUCCGGCUAUGACUGGUUUGAGCAGCUCCUCCAAAAUCUACUUAAAUCAGAAGAAGCAGCGUCAUACAAACCUGCUAAGAAGGCCUGCAGUCAGCUGGUGGACAAUCUGGUGGAGCACAUACUCACAUAUGAGGAGCCUAUCGCAGAUUGUGAGGACAAAGGAGUGAACUCCGGUCGCCUGGUAGCAUGCAUCACCACCCUCUACCUGUUCAGCAAAAUCAGACCACAGCUGAUGGUCAAACACGCCAUGACCAUGCAGCCCCACCUCACCACCAAGUGCAACACUCAGAACGACUUCAUGGUGAUUUGCAACGUUGCUAAGAUCCUGGAGCUGGUUGUGCCUCUGAUGGACAAUCCUAGUGAGAAUUUCCUCACCACCAUAGAAGAAGAUCUCAUGAAGCUCAUCAUCAAAUAUGGCAUGACGGUUGUACAACACUGUGUAAGCUGUCUUGGUGCUGUUGUGAACAAGGUGACGCACAACUACAAGUUUGUUUGGGCUUGUUUCAAUCGCUUCUAUGGUGCUUUGGCUAAACUCAAGACCCAGCAUCAGGAAGACCCCAACAGCUCCACUCUGGUCACCAACAAACCCACGCUGCUACGCUCACUGUUUACAGUGGGAGCUUUAUGUCGACACUUUGACUUUGACCAAGAGGAGUUCAAAGGCGCAAACAAGAUCGUCAUAAAGGACAAAGUGUUGGAGCUUCUCCUGUACUUCACUGUCCACAAAGAUGAAGAAGUCCAGAUGAAGGCCUUGAUAGGUUUAGGCUUCCAGUUUAUCAUGCACCCGGAGCUCAUGUUUGUGCAAGACGUGAAGAGCCUCUACAAUACCACCCUCUCUGACGAGCACUGCUUAGUCAGUCUGAAGAUCCAGGUUCUUAAAAACCUACAGACAUACCUACAGGAGGAGGACUCAAGGAUGCAGGAGGCUGAUCGCGAAUGGAAGGAUAAGGCCAAACAGGAAGAUCUGAAGGAGAUGGGUGACAUCUCCUCGGGCAUGAGCAGCUCCAUCAUCCAGAUCUACCUGAAGCAUGUGCUGGAGUCCUUCCUCCACACCCAGUCCACCGUGCGACACUUUGCUUUGAGCGUCAUCACGCUGACCCUCAGCCAGGGCCUCAUCCACCCUGUGCAGUGCGUACCGUACUUGAUUGCCAUGGGAACCGACCCUGAGCCAACCAUGAAGAACAAGGCUGAUCAACAGCUGGUGGAGAUUGACAAGAAAUAUUCAGGCUUUAUCCAUAUGAAAGCUGUAGCAGGGCUGAAGUUAUCCUAUCAGGUCCAACGAGCCAUCGUUGGAUCCACAGAUGUGGUCCUUCGAGGUUUCCGCCACCAAGACACUGACUCUGCCCUUUGCUCCCACUUGUACACUUUGGUCCGGGGGAACCGUCAACAUCGGCGAGCUUUCCUCAUUUCGCUGCUGAACAUGUUUGACGACAGCUCUAGAACAGAGGUGAACUUGCUGCUCUUUGUAGCAGACAACCUGGCCUGCUUCCCUUACCAGACGCAGGAGGAGCCUCUUUUCAUCAUGCACCAUGUGGACAUCACUCUGUCUGUCUCUGGGAGUAACCUGCUUCAGUCUUUCAAGGAGUGUCUAAGAAAAGGACCGGUGCCGAAGCCUAAGAAGACGAAGAAGAUAAAGAAGAAAAAGAAGAAGAAACCCAGGAAGAUGCGAGAAAGCUCGGAAGAUGACAGCCAAGGGAGCAGUAGCCAAUCCAGCAGUAGCAGCAGCAGCAGUAGCAGCAGCAGCAGUGAUGAGGAGGACAAGAAGGUCCACGGGUGGAAAAAGGCGGAUUCUGACUCCGACAUGGAUGACGAGGACGUCGUUAUGGCCCGGCUCCCUGAGGACUCAAAGCCUCUGCUGGACUUUUCCAUCGCUUCCCAGGGAAUCCUGCUGCUGCUCAUGCUCAAGCAGCAUCUGAAGAAUCUAUACGGCUUCUCAGACAGCAAAAUCCAGAAGUACUCGCCAACAGAGUCGGCCAAAGUGUACGACAAGGCCGUAAACAGGAAAUCCAAGGUGCAUUUCAACCCCCGCCAGACUAUGGACUUCCUCAAGGGUGGUCUUAGCAGCACGACUAUCAGCAAAGAAACCAAGAGGGAUAUUGUCAAACAGUAUUUAGAUUUCAAAGUGCUGAUGGAGCACCUCGAUCGUGAGGAAGAGGAAGAGGAUGGCGAAGCCAACGCCAAUGCCAGAAACAAGGCAAUUACCUCGCUGCUAAGAGGGCCCAAACCCCGGAACCACAACCACAACAAUCACACGGCGCCAGCUGAGUCAGAUGAUGAGGAGAGCGAGGAUGAAGAUCCCCCACCGCAAAAGUCAAAAAGAGGCGACGACUCAGCAGAGGAUUCUGCCAACAUGAACGAGAGGGUGGAGGCGAUGGACGUCGUCGCCAUCUGCUGUCCCAAAUACAAAGACCGGCCGCAGAUCGCCCGGGUGGUCCAGAAGACCAAAAGUGGCUACAGUAUACACUGGAUGUCCGGUUCUUACUCAGGGCCAUGGGUUGUGGCCAAGAAACGAGACGGUCGCAAGAAGGUGCCUUGGGUGGACAAUAUCAAGGAGUCAGACAUUAUUUAUAAGAAAAUCUCCUUAACUAGUGGACUGAAGCUUACAAACAAAGUGGCACAGACGUUACGGGCACUAUAUGCUGCCAAGGACGGGACAAAGCAUUGAUCAUCUGAAAUCAUUCACACACACACACAUACAGACCUUUGGCCCACGUGGAUCCAGUAUGUUACAGAGACAUUCAAAUCUCUUUUCUAUUUAAGGACCUAAUAGAGGAACAUAAGAAACAUACCAGAAGGAAAUGUUUUGGGGAAAACAUUGGCGUGGGAGCUCCUUCGCUGUUGUGCAGCAACUCGGUUCAUUUUUACUCCCACUGACUUGUAUUAUAGUUGAACUAAAAUAUGUUUAUAUCUGAACAUAAUUCUGUAAAAAAAAAAAGAAAGUGAAUGUUGGAAAUUAGUGUAUUGACCAUGUUCUUAAUAAAGUGUUUUUGGAC